UGCAUCGUCACGUGGUGGCCGCCGUCCGGAAGGCUCGGACUCGGCUGCAGGUGAUCUCCCGCUGCGAUGGCGGCUGAGUUGUGUGACGGUGACGGUGGGGUGGGCGAGCAGUUAAUCCCUGAUGCUGUACCGCUACGUCAGGAAUCUACAGCAGCUUCAUUUGCAUCCUCUGUGUUUAAUGUAACACAUGCAAUCAUGGGAAGCGGCAUCCUGGGAUUGGCUUUUGCAAUGGCUAAUACGGGUAUUAUUGGGUUCAGCAUUCUCUUGCUGAUAGUUGCUUGCUUGGCUGCCUACUCAGUUCAUCUGCUGCUGGAGUUAUGUCAACAGACUGCGCUAACAUCCUAUGAAGACCUGGGGUUUCAGGCCUUUAAAACAACUGGAAAGGUUUUGGUUGCUGUUGCAAUAUUGAUACAGAACAUCGGAGCAAUGUCAUCUUAUCUGUUCAUCGUAAGAUCUGAGCUGCCUGCUGCAAUUGCAGGUUUUCUACACAACCACCAUGGGACACCAUGGUAUCUCAAUGGACAAAUCCUCCUCACCAUUAUCGUCAUCUGUAUCAUUCUCCCUCUUGCUCUUCUUCGUAAAAUAGAGUUUCUUGGUUACACAAGUGGCUUGUCCAUAUUGUUCAUGAUCUAUUUUACUGCAGUGGUCAUUGUUAAAAAAUGGUACAUUCCUUGCCCGUUUAAUGGCACUGUAGAUUAUGCUCAGAAUUUCAGUUCUGAUGAGUGUAAGCCGAAGUUUUUUCAAAUUUCAUACAAGAGUGCUUAUGCAAUUCCAACCAUGGCCUUUUCAUUUCUCUGUCACACGUCUGUAUUACCCAUUUACUGUGAGCUCAAAAGGCCUUCAAAGAGCAAGAUGCAAAAUGUAGUUAAUAUAGGAGUAACUCUGAGUUUUUCAGUCUACAUGCUGUCAGCUUUGUUUGGUUACCUGACUUUUUAUGGCAAAGUGGACGCACAAUUACUGCAUACCUACAGUCAAUAUCUGCCGCAUGACGCUCUCAUCAUGUCUGUAAGGUUAUGCCUGCUCUUCUCUGUAGUCCUGACAGUGCCUCUAAUCCAUUUUCCAGCAAGGAAAUCGUUAAUGUUGUUGUGUUUUUCAAACCGCCCCUUUUCCUGCAUCCAUCAUAUUGUUGUUACACUUGCUAUUCAAAUAUUGAUUGUGCUGUUGGCAAUGUACGUGCCAAAUAUUCAAAAUAUCUUUGGUGUGGUUGGUUCCACUACUUCUGCUGCUUUAUUAUUUAUCUACCCCGGACUCUUCUACUUACAAAUAAGCAUGGAGCCUUUAAAAUCCUGGAACAAGCUUGGGGCUCUGGGAUUAAUUAUUUUGGGCUUCUUGAUGGGUGUCAGUAGUUUCAUCCUUAUCAUUUUAAACUGGGUUCAUAGAGCUGGAGGUUCAGUAUAAACAGCAGAAGUUGUACAAACACAGGGAAUCAUCAUCUCUGCAGUGAAGUCAUGAUCUCAGCAGCCAUACACUAGUUCCGGAUCCACUGGCAUCACUUCAGCAGCAGGGAGAAAAGAUAGAUACUGGGUCAGAAAUUCCGAAUCUCUCAAUGAAAGCUUGAAGAAUGCUUUUCUCAGUAUAUUGUGAUUUGGGUAAUGGUCAAUAUCAACUAACCUAAAGCCAUAGUGCCAUGCAGAGAUUUUAAUCUGAAAGAAAAUGUCUAAAAAUACAACUCAGCAGAGCCCUUUGGAAUAUUUCUACAAUGUGUGCAAUAUUUUAUGUGUAUUUAGUAAAAUUGGAAGUAUUGGGAAUUAUGAUAUUAAGCCUAUUUCAGAGUAUGUUAUUUUUGAAAUUGCUGGAAUUGGUCUGUUUUAAAUAUUUAAAUGUAUGCUAAUUAACAAUUUUCAUUGUACAUGGAUUAACGUUCAUGGGUUGAAAUCAAAUGAAAUUAUUGGACAUUGUGGGUCAAAUGUUGGCCUAAUCAAAUUCACUUUGAACUGUGUAUAUCACCUGUUUGUCUAUUAUGAUUUAAUAUUCAACUAAUUUUUUGACCUUGAAUAGUAAAUAUGGGUUAAAAUUUUGUGCAAAACACCAGAUUUGUCUAAAUACAAACAAUAAUAAUUAUGAAUAGUUGAAUGUCAAUAGAAAGGUUAUUCUUGUCAUAUUCAAUAUUAAUUUGUUUUUGUCCCAAUAUCUUUGGAUAUUAAGCAUUGAUGUACAGAUUGUUUAAAGUGUUUGUUUCUUGUUUAAUUUAAUAAUGUUGAAUAAUUUGAAUUACUUGUAUAAUUUUGAUUACCCUCAUUUAAAGAAAUACUGAUUUCACACAAUCUAUUUGCAGAUUUUUACACUGGUGAAAAUAGAUGACUAUUAUAUGGUGCUUGUGUAUCAGGCUUCUUCACAAUUAUCAUUGUUAACAUGUUUUUGAAAUUAAUCUGUUUUAAAUGGAUCUUUAUGAAUGAUAGCUGUUCUUUAUCACAUGCAUGUUAUUUAUUUAUGUUCUAAUACCUCAAGUUAUGCAAGGUGAACCUUGCUGACAGAUAAGGUGCAUUAAUAGUUAUCUACCUCUGUCUACCGAAUAAUGUUUUACAUUUAUGUUUUAUGUCAUUUUUGCCUAUUAACUAUUUUAAGGUAGUAAUGAAGUUCACAAAUUGGAAUCUAUGCAAAAUUCGGGGAAAACAACUUGGAAUUGUAAAUGAAACAGUGAAAUUUCUAGGAAUUGAAAUGUUUAUUUUCCUCCAUCAUAUUUAAAAUGAUGUAAAAUCUAAAUUGCUUUUGAUCCCGAUUAUCUCCAUACUCAUAGUUGCAAAUGAUUACUUUUGUGGCAUAAUGAAGCCCCCCUCUGAAGGCUAAUGCACUUAUGAUGUUGGAGCUUCCUGAAAUCUAAUGUCUGAUCUGUAUCUUGUUUUAUUUUGAGAAGCUUAUACAGUUCGGCUCAUUCCACUGAUAGACUGUACUAACACAGAAGAAAAUGUCUCAUCUUCUUUAGCAAAUGUAAUGUUCUUCUUGUGAAAUUUUACACUGCAAAACUUUCAAUUUUUUUUUUGCCUGUUCAUAUUUUGCCUUUUUUACUUUUCUUUGUAGCUAGUAUAAUUGUGGUAUUUUGUACACUUUUGAAAAUCAUUGCCAAAAGUUAUUUUAUUGCUAUUGAUCUGUAUUUCCAGAAUUUGCAUGAGGUAUAAUAAAUUCUUAAAAGAUGUUGUUUCUGAAUUUAUCUGAAAGAUUUAAGAUUUCCUAGUGCACUACAAAUAAUUCACUUGAAGUAGUCAUAUCUUCUCACCUCAGCCUGAAAUUAAGAGUUCUGUUCAUAGCACUAUCACUGUUUUGUCAGUAAAAUAUGCAACCUGUCAGCUGUCUUUGUAGAGCAGCAGUUUACUUUUGCAGAAAGAAUUGUAUAACUUUUUAUGCUUUUUCCAAAAAAGGUACAUCUUCAGGUACAUGUAGUUUACAUUCCAGCUGUACGUUUUCAUAAAUAAAAGUGAUCUCUGUAAUGUGGUUGAACAACUGGAUUGUUGUAACAUUAAAUUUGUAUGCAGCUCUCUA